AUGGUGCAAAAGUGCGCCGCAUUAGCAAGCAGCAUGCUGGCAUGUAGAAUGCUGGCCUCAAUUGCAACAAAGGUUCUAUCUGGCGACCCUAUUGCAUACCAAGAUGUCACCAUUGCUUGCUAUAACAGUCCACAGGACAUUGUUCUGAGUGGUCCGGCAGCAUCGCUUGCCGCAUUUGCCUCAUACUGCAAGCGUGAGGGCACCAAGCACAAAGUUCUGCAAGUUCCCUACGGAUUCCACUCGUCUUUCUUGGAUCCAAUCUUGGAGGAACUGGCCAAGGCUUCUGCAGGGACGAGAGCAAAGGCGCCUCAAAUACCCGUCGGCUCGAGUUUGCUCGGUCGACUGUUGGAUUCAGAGACGCCCAUCAGCUCAGAUUACUUUGUCCGCCAUGCAAGGAGCCCGGUCAAAUUUUCGAGUCUCGUGUCGGAUAUGGAGCAUUGGUCUGUUGAUGACCCUCUCACAAUCCUGGAAAUUGGCCCAUCUGGAUCCACUGAAUCGAUGUUCAAGGCCGGGUUGAACAAUCGGUCUCUUACCUUUCUCCCUUCCCUCCGACCAACUCAAGGCACGUGGACAACGCUCGACCCAGCUCUUCAAAAGCUCUCCCAAAUCCAGUAUCCCAUCGACUGGCGAGUCGUCUACCACGGUACCUCUGCCAAGUUUCUCACAUCUCUUCCACGUUACGCUCUUAAUAAGUCCACGUAUUUCAUACCCUAUAAGUUUCCGCGGACUAUUACUUGGGGAGCCUGUGAGUGUGGUAAAGCAGAGCAACUUCAGGUGCCAAAUUAUGCUCUUCUAUCUCUACUUCCACAGCACCACGGUCCCGCCACCUCUACGGAAGCAAGGUUCACAACGACAGUGAAGCAAAUUAGUCGCUUCGUCAAAGCCCAUACAGUUGGCGGGUCUCAUCUCUGUCCAGCUUCCAUCUAUAUGGAAAUUGUACUUCAAGCCGCUGCACACCAACGCGCUUUGGACAAGGGCGAGGAUAUUUGCGUUUUUGACAAGGUUUCUUUUGAGCACCCUUUUGUUCUCACUGAGCAGAUCCAACAUACAGAUGGGAUAGAAACUCAGCUUGACACCGGGUUAUUUGACAAUGAUUGGGAGUUCACUUGUACAUCCAAGACAGAACGAGCUUAUUGCGGUGGGCAACUUCGAAGCCACCACACGUCUUCCCAAGUCACCACUGAUCUUCUCUGUCGAAAGACGGUCCAAGUGGAACGACUGAAGCGCUCUUUCGCUGCUUUAUCCGGGCAGUUCAUGCAGACUUUUUCUACGAGAACUAUUUGCAGCAUGCUUUUCCCCCGUGUGAUCGAAUGUAAAGAGCCCUACCUUACCCUGCGGCAUCUCUCAAUCAGCGACUCAGGUCUAGAAGGUCACGGAACGUUUGUAUUGGAGCCCCUGCAGUCAGAAUCUGGUGGUCGGUUUAUCGCGAACACACACGUUUCGCCAGAUAUGGCCUGCAUCUGUAUUAGUCUCGAGCAUGCCAUGGUAAGCAUCGUUAUGUCGAAGAUUUAUGGCAAAGAUCUGCAGGUAUACUGUUGUAUCGGAGACAUUGGCAAGUCUUUCAUUGCAGAUGCCUACGCAUUGGAUCCUCAAGGUAACCUCAUUGCUUAUGUCGAAGGCAUGUGCUUCAAAAAGAUCAAUCUCCAGUCGUUCAAGACCAUUCUGGCUCGUUCCACGACAACAGUUCCGAGUGGUAGGCCGGCAACACCAGCAUCCGUACCCAAGCCAACACUACGCGAGAAGAAUGUAAGCAUGCCAGAAAGCGUCAUUCAAAGCAACACAGGCGAGGAAAUGCAUGUCCGUAGCGCCAUCGUUUCCAUCAUUUAUGAUGUCUGCGGCCUUGAUCAUGAUCCUCCCUCUUCCAAAUCUCUAGAGGAGCUCGGCAUAGACAGUCUUCUACUUAUUGAGCUCAUUGAUACUCUUUGCAAAAAAAUUAGCAGAACAGAUUUCUCUAAGUUUCAUGUAGAAGAUUGCAAGACUAUCGAGGACCUUAUCACUGCCAUUGCUGAGGCUUCAGAAACAGGGGUAACAUCAACUGAAGCAACGCCAAUGCAGUACACAAAACUGUCGCCAGUGGUCUCAUCUUACGAUGAACGGGUAGCCAGCGCGCCCAACGGCCAAGAUAAUCUGGCCACGACCGUCAAGUCAGUUUUCAUGGAUGUCUGCGGCUUAGAUCCAACUGCAGAGAUGGGUCACAGGCUCUGCUUCCUUGGUGUCGAUUCGCUCAUGACAAUUGAACUGGCAGAUGCUCUCCGCACAAGAUUGAACAUAUAUAUUGAUCAUGGACAUGGAGAUAUCGCAGAGUUGACGUACCAGCAACUGGAGGAUUUAUGCAAGGCAUACGUCACUUCCGGUAAGCCUCCAUCAAGUAUCCCAGAAAGCAGUGAUGAGAUGGGCACUCCAUUCUCGACUCCUGAGGAUCAAGGCUCCAUCAUUGAGGAACCAGUUGCCGACACGGAAGAGAAAGCAACCUGCCCAUCCACACUUCUGUAUCAUGAUCCAACAGGGAGUGCCAGCUUGUACAUGUUUCAUGACGGAAGCGGCUUGUCAAAAAUGUACGCUCGGCUGGAUAAUAUGAAUCGUGAUGUAUACGGAAUCAGCAAUUUGAGCUUUCCGUCAUUUGUGCCUCGAAAUACUGGUGCUCGGACAAUGGAAGAGCUAGCAUCCUAUUACAUCAAGUCUACAGAUCUUGGAGCAAGGUCUGAUAUCAUCCUAGGCGGCUGGUCCUUUGGCGGAGUCUUGGCGUUCGAAGUCUCCCACCAGCUCCUGCACCAAGGCAUCAGGGUAAAAGGAGUCAUCUUGGUCGACUCGCCUGUCCCAAAAAGCCAUGAAGCGCUUCCUCGCCAAAUCAUAUCCUACAUAUUAAAUCAGCGGAGAAAUGGCAGCUUCAACAGCAAUAGGGUCUCAGCAAACUCAGAGGUAGCCAUGAGAGCCCGCGCCAGCAUUGAAAGCCAGUUUCGGCGUCACGCAGACAUGCUACAAUGCUAUAACCCGAAGAGAAAUCCACAUGGCGACGUUCCUUGCGUGAUAAUCAAGUGUGCAAGGAAUAUGGACACUAUGAGUCUGUGUGGCGUAGAGUACCCGUUUCUUGGUAACUCUGAAUCGAGGGACCAGUCGAACGGCGAGUGGGAGAACUUGACUAGCCAACGCAUUCCGGUUCUUGAUGUCAAUUGCAACCAUUUCGAAGUUUUUGAUGACGUUUUUGCUGCCCACACAUCGAGCCAGGUGGAGAUGGCAUGUAAGUUGUUGGAGAGCAGCAUUUAA